AUGAAGGUUUUGGCCUCGCUUUUGCCGUUUUUGGCUAGCACAGAGAAUGAAGGAGAGAAUGAUGGUCAGGAAGAUUGUGUGAUGAUGAUUGAUGUCGUCAAUGGGGAGAAAUUGUGCGUAAAGAACCCGGAGAUGGGGGUUAUGGAUGAUUUCUUCAGAUCGAACCUGCUCCUCGCUCCCUUUUGCUGGGUCUUCUGGGUCGGUCCUCAGACCAAUUUCGAGUUCACCGUUGCUCUCAAUAUAACAACACCGAAAUACACUGGAGCGAAUCAUGGACAAGCGGUGGAUGAUAUUUACGAAAACUUGCCUUGUGCGAAUGAUUUGGCAACCGUUGUCGUUACGACAGAGCAUAAACAGAGCAUGUUUCCUGGAGAUGUUCUCCACUACCAGAAGAAAUAUGUCGGAGUUGGCAGUAAAGGCGCAGAACUUCCGGAGGAGGGAGCAAAGAAAACUCUCGCAUCAGGUUGCCACAAUAGCAUGCCAAUAAACGUCGUCGCUCCGUCCCAAUCUUACAUCACUGUUAUGUACGACGGCGCCAGUCAGGAUGCCAUUUUCUCCAGCGGAAACUGGUCGAUUUCCUACGAGCUGGAUCGAAACGAGUGUACGGAGUACGGCUUCGACGGAUGCACUGGCAAUGCGAGAUGUGUUAAUUUCAUCGGAAGCUAUACUUGUGAAUGUAUCCCGCCAUAUAUCGGAAUCCCGGAGGCGGAAGCGUGUAUCAAUCCCCAGGCCUACCAAACCCUCGCUUUGUUCGAAUCGCUCAUUGAAGAAGCAGAAGCGAGAAUUGACGCGCUCGAUGUCGGCUGGGCAGAAGCUCUAGAUUUCUUCAACAAAACAAAUAUCGAAACAAACGCUCUUCUCCAGCAAUCGCUUGAUGACCUGACUGCUCAAGAGGAAUACCUGUAUUAUUACAGACAGAAUGUGACAGCCGUUAUCGCUGAGGGAGAUGCAGAGGUUGCAAAUAGAACUGAUAUUUUGAACGAUUUGGAAGAAAGAAUCGAAAUUCUAACUGAAAAUUUCGGCACUUCUGUUGACUACUUUAUCGAAUCUUUCCAGUCAAAAUUCCAAGAGAAUCAAGCGAAAACCGACCUUGCUAAUGAAGUCAACAUGGAAACAUACAAUGCUUAUUUGGGCAUCGUCGUUGCCAAAUCUAAUGAGUUCCAGAUGGUUUACAAUUCAAAAAUGGCACAAAUCGACUCGCUUACGGCGCAAAUCCAGCUCGACAGUGCAAACUCCCGAUUUUAUGCGCGAAAUGAUCUGGAUGCCAUUGUUGCUGGAUUUGAAGAGGAAAUCACGCUGCAAAAAUCAUCAGCAGUUAACGAGCUCGCCGACGCUGUCAACCUCAUUUCUCCUGUCCAGGCUGAUCUGGACCUUGCCGAAGCUCAUAGUCUUGCUCGACUCGGCUACUUCGAAGGGCUCAGAGAAUCUUUCUUUGCCUGGAGAAAUGCGCCCGAAAUUCCGAAUUCGCAGGGAAAAGUGAUUCAGUUCAACAACAUUGUUUCAAACAACGGCGGUUUUGCUGCAAGUGGUCGUGAAUUUUCAGCUCCAUACAAAGGCGAGUAUUUCUUCACCCUCACGGCCCAGCACGACCAAGCCGCUCCCUUCCAAGUCACUGUCUACGUCAAUGGAAUCCCCUCAUCAAUGCACAGUGGCAGCCCCCUCCAAAUCAACAUUAACAGCUUUUCCCGACCUUCGAAUGAUCUCCUUCAGACGUCGGGUGUCUUGAGCCUAAAUGCUCACGACAAAGUCGCCGUUAGACUCCACGCAAACAACAUUCCCGAAACUGGACUGGGAACCGUUGCUUUUAGCGGCUAUUUAAUUGAUACCGCUUAUUCUUUCCAGACUGAUUUGGAUGAACCUGCUUUUGGUCGACUUUAUGGCGCAGGCCGAAGUUUUGGAUUCAACAAGCCACUUUCGAAGAAAAUUAAAACAAGUGGAUUCCGACUUGACUUUUCUUUUGGAAAAUAA